UCCAAGGUUCUCAAAUCCAGCCUGUCUCACAUUCCCCUUCCUAGGACGGACUCGAACGACUGGGUGGUUAUGUCGGGAGAGGGGGCAUCCACGGCUAUGGGGUACUACUGUACAAUGGGGUGGUAACCUUAUGAAACAGUCGCGGGAUCGCCGGGGGGUCGCCGCGGGACGUUGUCGUUUCUCUCCUUCCGUCGACGACUAUCUGGUUUUCCAAAUCGAAAGCUCGCGGACCUUCGCAUUGUUAGCUCGCUCGUGUCGAUCGUGGCCCCUGCUUUCCGACGUCGCUCAUGGCGUCGCUGCUGUCGUACGGAGCCGGCAUCCUCGCCGGCGACAUCGGCGAGAAUCUAGAGGCCACGCUUGGCGUGCCGGGCCCGCUGGCCGGCUGGAGCCACGUCAACCUACCGGCGGACGGCGACGAGGAGCCGCGUCCCGCGGAGGGGGACUUUCUCAGCCUCGUCACGCGCGAGGGCCCUGACGUGGAGGAUGCUGACGUGGACAUGCUUGACGGAGACGGCGUGUCGCGCAGGCCGGUUCGGCAGCUUCUAGGAGUCGAUUCCCCUUCCGGGAGUCCCGGAAGCGCGUCGGUCCACCUCCCGCAGACCGUCCUCCAGGUCAUUGCCACGUCAUUAGAAGCUGACGUGGUCGUAAUGGCGGUGCUGUUACCUCCCCCGGGCCCCACAGUAGCGGAUAUCACACAGGCGGCGGACGAAGCCGCGGCUGCUGCAGGCGCUCCCCCCACCCCCUCACCGCUCUUCCCGGGGGCCGCUUUCUCCCCCUUUGCGCCCGCUUACGGCGCGCGCUCCCUUGGCGCGGAAGGCAGUACGGAAAGGUCCGGGGAUUUCGGCGCGUGUGCUAGUAGCGGAGGGGAUUUUAGCGGGUACGGGGAGAGCGGAGGGUACUGCAGUAGGGAAGGUGCGAGGAGGAGCAGCGGAAUGGGCGGGGAAGGGGGGAAAGGGAGAUCUGGGACUGGGGAUGAGCGAGGAGGGAGAGCAGGAGGAGGGAGAGCAGGAGGGAGGGAGAUGGGAGGGGAGAGCGGGAGGGAGAUGGAGGUGGUGCGGGUGGCGGAGUCGAUCCUGUCGACGCCCAAGGGGGUGGUGCCGGAGAUGGUGCCCUUCUGCAGGCGCAUGAUGAAGGCGUGCAAGAAGCAGAAGGUCGUCAGCACAGCCGGCUUGCACCUGCCAGCUGUCAUUGAGGAGGUGCUGGGCGGCAGGCCUCGGCGGUUUAUGGCGCGAUCGGUACGCCUGCAGAACUACCGCGGGGUGCUGUACGCUUUAUGGUGCGACCCAGCCAAGGUGCCGCCAACAGUGGAGGAGGUGAUGGCGCGCGCCGUGCACACGAUGCCGCUGCUCAUGGCGAACCGCAUCUCCGCGCGGCAGUCCGCGCGCCUGGGCCGCCAGUUCGACGCCAUCCUCAAGCGCAUGCCGCAGGCUGUCGUCUUCGUCGACGACGAGCUCGCUCAGGUGGUGGUGAACCCAGCAGCGGCAGACCUGCUGGAUCUGCCGUGCUUUGGGGAGGUGGAUCCGGUGAAGGUGGCAACUGCCAUGCGCCAGCUGGCAGAGCGAAGUGGUAACCGCCCCGACCUGCACAGGUGGUUCAGCAUGGUGGCGGGCGCGGUGGAGGUGGAGAUAGAGGAGGAAUGGGAGCUGCGCGACCCGCCGCUGGUGCUGCGCGUGCACUCGUACCCGGUGGCAUCGCACACCACCUCGGCGCAUGGCCGCCUGUGGCUGUUUGAGGACGUCACGGCGGACAGGAGGGCGCGGCAGGCCAUAGCGGCAGCCAACCGCGCCAAGUCGCAGUUCCUCGCCACCAUGAGCCACGAGCUCCGCACGCCCAUGACCGGCGUGUUGGGCAUGCUGGACCUGUUGAAGCUGACAGACAUGAGUGAGGAGCAGGGCGGGGUGCUGAAGCUGAUGCAGGCGUCAGCGGACGGGCUGAUGACGGUGCUGAACAACAUCCUCGACUUCUGCAAGAUGGAGGCCGGCAGGCUGCUGCUGGAGAGCAUCGACUUCAGCAUCGCCGACAUCCUCGACCAGGUGGCGGUGCUGUUUGAGCAGGCGGUGCAGGACAAGGGCAUGCGCCUCGUCAUCCACCCGCCGCCCCCCGACGCCCUCUUCGUCUGCGGCGACCCCGUGCGCGCCAAGCAGGUGGUGGCGAACCUGGUGAGCAACGCUGUCAAGUUCUCCAAGCGGGGCACCGUCACCGUGUCAUGGCGCAUGGUGGACGACCCCUCUGCCUGCGGUCAUGCGGACAGCGAGAGCGAGCCGGACGAGGAAGGGCAAGAAGAGCGGACAGAGGAGGCGGCAGAGGAGGGGGAGAAGGAAGAAGGGAAGGUCGAGGAGAGAGAGGAGAAGGAGCUGGAACAGGAGGGGGAGGAUAAGCCCCUCUUGCAGCCUGGAAACCGCUCGUUACUGUCACAUUCGCUUACGGUCUCACUGUCUGCACCUACUGGCAGCAGCACAGGGGCAGCGGGGACAGCAGAGGCAGCAGGGGCGGCAGGGGCGGCAGGGGCGGCAGGGGCGGCAGGGACGCUGAUCUCCCCUGGCAGCACUAGUGGGGCAGAGGGGAAGGGGGCGGAUGGGGGGAGAGGGGUGGAGGGCAGGAGGGGGCGGAUGUGGGGGAGGGGGAAGAGAGGGCGGGGGGACAGCAGGGAGGGGUCUUGUGAUAGGAUGGCGCAUGGUCAGAGCAAGAAGGUGCAGGAGGGGGGGCGGGGGGAGGGCACGGAGGGCACGGCAUCCAGUGAGCGGCAGCGCGUGCCCAGGAGCGUGUCUGCUGGGCAACCAGGUGCCUCCGCCCCCCCCUCUGUACUUCCCUCAGCGCCGUCAGCAGCGUCGGCCUGGCUGGAAGAGGCGUCGUUGUCUGGCUUCCUGGGCAGUCCUGUGCGCAUGGACAUGCCCGCUGCCACCGCCAUGCAAGCCCAGCACCUCCAGGUGCCCACCAGGCGCCGGUCAGCAGACCUGGGAGAGAGCUACCGCAGGAGCCUGCUGCCCUCCACGGGUGCCUCGGGCUCGGGAGAUCUGGGCCGCGUCCGCCACUGCACGCCUCGCUCCCCAUUCCCUGCCGCCCCCACUGUGCCCGCGCUCCCUCCCCAUGUGUGUGCCGUCCCUGCACCGUACCUGGCGAGCUUUGAGUCCGCAUCGGCGGCCGGCAGUGCGCUCCCCUUAGGCUCCAGCAGGGGCGCUGGAAGGGCAGUGCUGAGCACUGUGGCUCCACCUGCUGCAGGGAAUGCGGCUGGCGAGCACCUGUCUGGUGCGAUGGAGGUGCAAGUGCCGUGUGCAGGCUCGGCGCCGAGCCUGGAAAGGGGGGAAGGCUUGGGGCUGACCUUGCAGAGUGGGAGUUGGGGGAGUGGGAGCGGGGCGGAGGGGCAGAUGGAGUGGACGGGGGAGUGCGAUGGGAGGGAGGGGAGUGGGAGAGGAAGGGGAGCAAUGGGAGGAGGGGGAGCGGGAGUGGGACAGGGGGAGGGUGCAGGAGUGUUUGAAUCUGCUGAUGACGUGGCAAUGCUGCUGGGUGAACCUUUCAUGCCAGUCGCCGGGCCCCUUAAGCCUUCCGGUGGCAGCAGCGUGUCUGCUGACGUGGAGGGUGUUGUGGUGUUGGACGACAAAACAGUCGAUGACAUGGCAGGUGCUGACCUAGAAGCUGACGUGGAGAUGUUGUGUGGGGACGCAAUCGCUGCUCCCGCCACAACUGCCGCUGCUGCUUCUGCCGUACCACCUGCCGCUCCCACUACCUGCCUCAUCACCAACCCCCCUGCAACACCCUCCGCCUCGACUCCCACCCCCCCCUCCCCUCCGCCCGCCCCUGUGCGCCCCCCAGCCAGCCCGCCCCCGCGUGUGGUGUGGCAGGCGGGCAGGGCGGCCCCGGAGGAGGACGUGGGCAGUGUGAGCGUGCGCGCGACCUCAGAGGCGCAGCAGUGGCUGCGCUCGCUGCACCAGCCGGUGGGGCGGCUGCACGGCUUCGAAGACGUCACUCAGCGGGAUGCCGUUGUACAGGAUGGGUCGGUGCAGGUAGGCACAGGGGUGGUGCGCGAGGGCCUGUGUGGGGGGCUGCUGCGAGGGGGGUCGGGGGACGUGCUGGUGAGGCGAGGGAGUGUGGGACGCGAGGGGGCGGAAGGUGGGAUGGUGCGGAGGCGUUCUGAGGGGCGGGGAGGGGCGGUGGAGGUGGUGAAGAGGAUGGGGGGGGCCAUAGAGCAGCGCGAGCGGGCGCUGCUGAGGCAUGCGUCGGCUGGAUUGGUGGAGGGCAGGCACCGGGGGAAGGGCGAGGAGGGGGGGAGUGGUGCGUGGGGUGGGGGCAGCGAAGGGGGAGUGCAGGAGGAUGAAGGGCAGGCGGGUGACUGUGAUGGUGCGGGCAGGAGGGAGUGUGGGGAAACAGAGGCUGCUCUGGGAGCUAGUAGCGGGGGCGCGAGUACUGGGAGAGCAGAUACGGUUGUGACUAUAGGCGAAGUGGUGGCUGCUGUGCGUGAAGGGGGGCAUUCUGCCAGUGUAGGGGGGGGCACUGGGGGACGCACGGGGGGGAAGGAGGGCGGUGCGAUGGGAAUUGGAAUCGAGGAGGUGGAGGGAGAGGAAGCGGAGGAGGGAAAUGAAAAGGAGAAUGUAGAGGAGGGAAGAGGGGGGAAGAAGAGGGACGGGGAAAGGGAGGAAGAGGAGGAGGACAAAGGGGAGGAGAAGCAGGAGGAUGAGGGGACGGAGGGAGAGGAGGAGGGAGAGGAGGGGAAGGAGGAGGGGGAAGGGCGGGCGCAGGUGUGGUACGAGGUGUGUGUGGCGGACGAGGGGGUGGGCAUGGAGGAGGAGGAGCUCAGGCAGGUCCUGUUCAUGGCUCAGGCCGGCGCGCAGAGGGGGGGAGUGGGCGGCACGGGCUUGGGUCUGGCCAUAUCCCACGGGCUACUGGCGCUCAUGGGCGGCCGCCUCUGGAUCAAAUCCCAGCCGUCCAAAGGCACCCAGGCGUUCGUCCUGCUCCCCCUCCUCCGCCCCUCCGCCCCCUUUCCCCCAUCCGCCUCCAUCCCCACCCCCCACUCCGCCAAGGGCAUUCCCCCUGCCUCUCCCCCGGGGGCAGGGCGGCGCUCCCCCUCCCCUUGCUUGGGCGUGGGUCAGGGGGAGAAGGGCAGAGUGGGGGAGGGAGAGAGGGAGAAGGAGGACGGGAAGGGAGAGGUGGGAAUGGAGGUGGAGGAGGGUGGGGAGGAGGAUGAAGAGGAGGAGGAGGAGUGCAGGAGUCUGAGCGUGCUGGUGGCGGAGGACAACAAGGUGAACCAGCUGCUCAUCCGCAAGCUGCUCAAGCACUACGGCCACGACGUCACAGUGGUGGGCAACGGGCGCCUGGCGGUGGAGGCGGUGCAGAAGGACUGCUACGACCUCGUGCUCAUGGACCUGCAGAUGCCCGUGCUGGACGGUCUGAGUGCCACACGGGAGAUCCGGAAGCUAUCGGGAGAGGAGGCGCGCAUCCCAGUGUACGCGCUGACGGCGGACGUGUUGGCGCCGGAGAUAGAGGCGGCGGGCAUGGAUGGGUUCCUCAGCAAGCCCAUCGCGUGGGACAAGAUGAGCUCCCUGGUCGACCGCCUGCUGCACACCAAGAGGGCCAAGCAGAAACAGCAGAAGCAGGCUGCUGCCGCUGCUGCUGCUGCUGCUGCCGAUGUGGGUGGUGGUGUGGUUGGUCUGGGGGCCAAGGGUGUGGAAAAAGGGGCACAAGCAGAGGGCAGGAAGGGGGAGAAGGCGGGAGGUGCAGCAGCGGGCAAGGAGUUGGGAGCGGAGAAAAGGACACAAGGGGCAGCAGCAGGUGCAACGGCAGAAAAGAGCGGAGGAGAUGGUGCGGGUGGAGGGGGAGGGGGGGGCAAGUUGCGGGUGUUGGUGGCGGAGGACAACAGAGUGAACCAGAUGCUCAUCAGGAAGAUGCUGCAGCACUAUGGCCACGAGGUGACGUUGGUGGGCAACGGGCGGCUGGCAGUGGAGGCAGUGCAGGAGAAGCCAUUCGACCUGGUGCUCAUGGACAUCCAGAUGCCCAUCAUGGAUGGCUUGACUGCCACCAGGGCCAUCAGGAAGCUGCCAGGAAAGGAGGCUGCUAUUCCGGUGUACGCGCUGACGGCGGACGUGUUGGCGCCGGAGAUAGAGGCGGCGGGCAUGGAUGGGUUCCUCAGCAAGCCCAUCGCGUGGGACAAGAUGAGCUCCGUCGUCGACAAGCUGCUCCAGGGGAAGAAAGCUUGACUUGUUUAUUACAACAACUGUCUCACCGUUCUGCUCGCUGCUCUGAAUGCAGCCUCGAUGGCAGUAGCUGUUGCUUUGAUGUCUGCCUGCCUCUGUAUAUAGCCGAGUUAGUGCAUUGGCGGCUGUUUCCAUGUGUUCUUUUGGUCAGUUGGAAUAUUUCUGUAGUCUGCUGGGGCCUUCAGUUUAGUUUUUUUUUUGUAAGUGGUUGCAACCAUAAGGGAAAAGGUUUGAUAUUGUAAGGGAUAAU